GUCGCCGUACGUCAGCGCUGCCCAAGAUGGACGCUCGGCUCUCCUGUUCGCCCAGCCACGGAGGAGUGACUUUGCGUCUCGCGGCGUAGCGCGGUUCCGGACACAAAAGAAGGGGCUACGGCUGUGCGCGGCGGCUCGCGCCCACAACACAGCAGCAAGCGCGAGGAGCUCGGUGGGAUUUACGCGUGCAGCUCGCGCCGCGGCCAUGAGCUCCGCGGAGGGAACGGACGAGACGGCGAAGGACGCGGCCGAUACGGCGCCGUUCUAUCAGUCCGGGUUUCGCAAGAAUGAGGAGAUGAAGGCAGUGGACGUGCUGCCAAUCCUGAAGGAGAAAGUUGCGUUCUUGUCAGGGGGCCGGGACAGGCGCGGGGGACCAGUCCUGACAUUUCCAGCGCGAAGCAACCACGACAGAAUACGGCAGGAGGACCUGCGCAGCCUCCUGUCGUACCUGGCCGGGAUCCCGAGCGAGGAGGUCAGCAGACAUGGCUUCACCGUCAUCGUGGACAUGCGGGGGACCAAGUGGGACUCGAUCAAACCCCUGCUGAAGAUCCUGCAGGAGUCGUUUCCUCGCUGCAUCCACGUCGCGCUCAUCAUCAAGCCCGACAACUUCUGGCAGAAGCAACGCACUAAUUUCGGCAGCUCCAAGUUUGAAUUUGAGGCCACCAUGGUGUCGUUGGAGGGUCUGACGAAAGUGGUGGACCCCUCUCAGCUGACCCCGGACUUCGACGGCAGCCUGGACUACAACCACGAGGAGUGGAUCGAGGUCCGGGUGGCGUACGAGGAGUUCGUGGGCAACGCCUCGCGCAUGCUGGCUCACCUAGAGGAGCUGCAGGAGGUCCUGGGCAAGAAGGACCUGCCGCAGGAGCUGGAGGGGGCCCGGCGCAUGAUCGAGGAGCACGCGAGCCUCAAGAAAAAGGUGAUCAAGACGCCGAUCGAGGAGCUGGACGCCGAGGGCCAGAAGGUGCUGCAGCUCAUCCAGCGCAGCGAGGGCUACGCCAGCCAGAGCGCGGCGGCGCCGAACGCGGACCUGCAGGGCCUGGUGCCCAAGGUGUCGGGCCUCCUGGACAAGCUCCACUCGUCGCGCCAGCACCUGCACCAGAUGUGGCACGCGCGCAAACUCAAGCUGGACCAGUGCUUCCAGCUGCGCCUCUUCGAGCAGGACGCCGAGAAGAUGUUUGACUGGAUCAUGCACAACAAAGGCUUGUUCCUGACCGGCUACACAGAGAUUGGAGGCAACCACUCGCAUGCCAUGGAGCUGCAGACCCAGCACAACCACUUUGCCAUGAACUGCAUGAACGUGUACGUGAACAUCAGCCGCAUCAUGUCCGUGGGCAACCGGCUGCUGGAGUCGGGCCACUACGCCUCGCAGCAGAUCAAGCAGAUCUCCGGGCAGCUGGAGCAGGAGUGGAAGGGCUUCGCCGCCGCUCUGGAUGAGCGCAGCAGUCUGCUGGAGAUGUCCGCCGUCUUCCACCAGAAGGCCGACCAGUACAUGAGCAACGUGGAUUCGUGGUGCAAGGCCUGCGGGGAAAUGGACCUUCCCUCAGAACUGCAGGACCUUGAGGAUGCCAUUCAUCACCACCAGGGCUUGUAUGAGCACAUUAACGCUGCUUACUCGGAGGUGAGCCAAGACGGCAAGGUCCUGCUGGACAAGCUGCAGCGACCCCUCACCCCGGGCAGCGCUGACUCGCUCACGGCUUCCGCCAACUACUCCAAGGCGGUACACCACGUGCUGGAUAUCAUCCACGAGGUGCUGCAUCACCAGCGGCAGCUGGAGAACAUCUGGCAGCACCGUAAGGUGCGGCUGCACCAGCGACUGCAGCUCUGCGUCUUUCAGCAGGACGUCCAGCAGGUGCUGGACUGGAUCGAGAACCACGGCGAGGCCUUCCUCAGCAAGCACACGGGUGUGGGCAAGUCGCUGCACAGGGCCAGGGCGCUGCAGAAGCGGCACGAGGACUUCGAGGAGGUGGCGCAGAACACGUACACGAACGCGGACAAGCUGCUGGAGGCGGCGGAGCAGCUCGCCCAGACGGGGGAGUGCGACCCCGAGGAGAUCUACCAGGCAGCCCACCAGCUGGAGGACCGCAUCCAGGACUUCGUGAGGCGCGUGGAGCAGCGCAAGGUUCUGCUGGACAUGUCUGUGUCCUUCCACACACAUGUAAAAGAGCUGUGGACCUGGCUGGAGGAGCUGCAGAAGGAGCUGCUAGACGAUGUGUACGCCGAGUCGGUGGAGGCCGUGCAGGACCUCAUCAAGCGCUUCGGCCAGCAGCAGCAGACCACGCUGCAGGUCACCGUCAACGUCAUCAAGGAGGGCGAGGAGCUCAUCAAGCAGCUGAGGGAUUCUGCCAUCUCCAGCAACAAGACGCCCCACAAUAGCUCCAUCUCCCAUAUUGAGAGCGUUCUGCAGCAGCUGGACGAGGCCCAAGCCCAGAUGGAGGAGCUCUUCCAGGAGAGGAAGAUCAAGCUGGAGCUGUUCCUGCAGCUGCGCAUUUUCGAGCGGGAUGCCAUCGAUAUCAUCUCGGACCUGGAGUCGUGGAACGAGGAGCUGUCCCAGCAGAUGAACGACUUCGACACGGAGGACCUGCCCCUGGCUGAGCAGCGGCUCCAGCACCACGCGGACAAGUCCCUUACUAUGAACAACCUGACUUUUGACGUCAUCCACCAGGCCCAGGAGCUGCUGCAGUGCGUCACCGAGGUGCAGGCGUCUGGCGUGGAGCUUCUCUGCGACCGGGAUGUAGAUAUGGCCACCCGGGUCCAGGACCUCCUGGACUUCCUCCACGAGAAGCAACAGGAGCUGGACCUGGCAGCUGAGCAACACCGCCGGCGUCUGGAGCAGUGUGUGCAGCUGCGCCACCUGCAGGCAGAGGUGAAGCAGGUGCUUGGAUGGAUCCGGAAUGGCGAGUCUAUGCUGAAUGCGGGUCUCAUCACGGCCAGUUCGCUGCAGGAAGCUGAACAGCUGCAACGGGAGCACGAGCAGUUCCAGCACGCCAUUGAGAAGACCCACCAGAGCGCCCUGCAGGUGCAGCAGAAGGCCGAGGCCAUGCUGCAGGCCAACCACUAUGACAUGGACCUGAUUCGCGAGUGUGCCGAGAAGGUGGCGUCGCGCUGGCAGCAGCUCAUGCUUAAGAUGGAGGACCGACUCAAGUUGGUCAACGCCUCCGUGGCCUUCUACAAGACAUCCGAGCAGGUCUGCAGUGUGCUGGAGAGCCUGGAGCAGGAGUACAAGCGGGAGGAAGACUGGUGCGGUGGAGUCGACAAGUUGGGUCCCAACUGCGAGUCCGACCACGUCACUCCUAUGAUCAGCAAACACCUGGAGCAAAAGGAGGCCUUCCUCAAGGCCUGCACUUUGGCCAGACGCAACGCUGACGUGUUUCUGAAGUACCUGCACCGGAACAGCGUCAACAUGCCGGGGAUGCUGGCUCACGUCAAAGCCCCGGAGCAGCAGGUCAAAAACAUCCUGAAUGAGCUGCUGCAGCGGGAGAACCGCGUGCUGCACUUCUGGACCAUGCGCAAGAGGAGGCUGGACCAGUGUCAGCAAUAUGUCGUGUUUGAGCGUAGUGCCAAGCAGGCCCUGGAGUGGAUCCAUGAUACAGGUGAGUUCUACCUGUCCACACACUCCUCAACGGGUUCCAGCAUCCACCACACACAGGAGCUGCUGAAGGAACAUGAGGAGUUCCAGAUCACGGCCAAGCAAACCAAAGAACGGGUGAAACUGUUGAUCCAGCUGGCAGACGGCUUCUGCGACAAGGGCCAUGCCCAUGCCGUAGAGAUAAAGAAAUGGGUUACUGCUGUGGACAAGCGCUACCGCGACUUCUCGAUCCGCAUGGACAAGUAUCGCACCUCUCUGGAGAAGGCACUGGGAAUAUCUUCAGACUCCAAAUCGAGCAAAGACCUGCAGCUGGACAUCAUCCCAGCUAGCGCUCCAGGGUCGGAGGUCAAGUUGCGGGAUGCAGCUCAUGAGCUCAAUGAGGAGAAGCGCAAAUCAGCCCGUCGGAAGGACUUCAUCAUGGCUGAAUUGAUUCAGACGGAGAAGGCAUAUGUCCGAGACCUCCGCGAAUGUAUGGACACAUAUUUGUGGGAGAUGACCAGCGGCGUGGAAGAGAUCCCACCCGGCAUCGUCAACAAGGAGCACAUCAUCUUUGGCAACAUGCAGGACCUCUACGAGUUCCACCACAACAUCUUCCUGAAAGAGCUGGAGAAGUACGAGCAGCUCCCCGAAGAUGUGGGCCACUGCUUCGUGACCUGGGCAGAUAAGUUCCAGAUGUACGUGAAUUAUUGCAAAAACAAGCCGGACUCCACACAGUUAAUUUUGGAACACGCGGGGUCGUAUUUUGACGAGAUCCAGCAGAGGCACAGACUGGCCAACUCCAUCUCCUCGUACCUGAUCAAGCCGGUACAGAGGAUCACAAAGUACCAGCUGCUUCUGAAGGAGCUUUUGACGUGCUGUGAGGAGGGAAAAGGAGAAAUCAAGGAUGGGUUGGAAGUUAUGCUCAGCGUACCUAAGCGAGCUAAUGAUGCCAUGCAUCUCAGCAUGCUGGAAGGAUUUGACGAGAACAUUGAGUCCCAGGGUGAGCUCAUCCUCCAGGAGUCCUUCCAGGUGUGGGACCCCAAGACCCUUAUCCGCAAGGGCCGUGAACGGCACCUCUUCCUCUUUGAGAUGUCCCUGGUCUUCAGUAAGGAGGUCAAGGACUCCAGUGGAAGGAGCAAGUACAUCUACAAGAGCAAACUCUUCACUUCCGAACUUGGGGUAACCGAGCACGUGGAAGGAGAUCCAUGUAAAUUUGCACUGUGGGUGGGGAGGACCCCGACUUCUGACAAUAAGAUUGUUCUGAAGUGUUCGAGCCUGGAGAAUAAGCACGACUGGAUCAAACACAUCAGGGAGGUGAUCCAGGAGCGCACCAUCCACCUGAAAGGCGCUCUCAAGGAGCCAAUCCACAUCCCGAAAACGACGACAACCAAGCACAGGGCCAGGAGGGAAGGAGAGGACCUCGAUAGCCAAGGAGACGCUAGCAGUCAACCGGACACGAUUUCCAUUGCUUCCCGUACCUCCCAGAACACCCUGGACAGCGAUAAGCUGUCGGGUGGCUGUGAGCUGACGGUGGUCAUCCACGACUUCCUGGCCAGCAACGGCAACAGCGGAGAGCUGACGGUGCGGCGUGGCCAGACGGUGGAGGUGCUCGAACGACCCCAUGACCGACCGGACUGGUGCCUGGUGCGCACGACAGACCGCUCGCCUGCCCAGGAGGGCCUGGUGCCCUGCAGCGCCCUGUGCAUUGCCCACUCACGCAGCAGCAUGGAGAUGGAGGGCAUCUUCAAUCACAGAGAUGCCCUGUCCGUCUCCAGCAAUGACGUGAGCACCCUCCCGACGGGCCACAGUCUGGGAUCUCAGAGCCUGCCUGGCACCAAGCGGCCCGGCAACACGCUGAGGAAGUGGCUCACCAGCCCCGUGCGGCGCCUGAGCAGCGGCAAGGCCGACGGUCAAGUCAAGAAGCUGGCGCACAAACACAAGAAGGGCCGAGAAGUGCGCAAGAGUGCCGACGCCGCAUCUCUCAAGGACCUGGAGGACAGCGCAGCCACACCCCAGGACGAAAACAUGGAUGAGCGUGUGAGAAAUGAAGGGCUUAGCAGCGGCACGCUGUCCAAGUCGUCCUCUUCAGGGAUGCAGAGUUGUGGGGAGGAGGAGGGUGAGGAGGGGGCCGACGCCGUGCCCUUGCCUCCCCCGAUGGCUAUCCAGCAGCACAGCCUGCUGCAGCCUGAGUCCCAGGAUGACAAGGCGUCCUCCCGUGUACGACCAUCCAGCUCAGAGACGCCGAGCGCCGCGGAACUGGUCAGCGCCAUCGAGGAGCUGGUCAAAAGCAAGAUGGCCCUGGAAGACCGUCCAAACUCCCUGUCUGUGGAGCAGGGGGACAGCAGUAGUCCAUCCUUCAACCCUUCUGACAACUCGCUCCUGUCGUCGUCCUCGCCGGUCGAUGAGACGGAAGAGCGGCGGACCGACUUCCUUAAGAGGCGGCAUUACAUCUUACUGGAACUUGUAGAAACUGAAAGAGAUUAUGUGCGAGACCUGGGCUUUGUGGUGGAGGGCUACAUGAACAGGAUGAAGGAGGACGGUGUCCCAGACGACAUGAAAGGGAAGGACAAGAUCGUAUUCGGCAACAUCCACCAGAUCUACGACUGGCACAAAGACUUCUUCCUUGGAGAGCUGGAAAAGUGUCUUGAAGAUUCUGGUCGCCUGGGGUCAUUGUUUGUAAAACAAGAGAGACGACUGCACAUGUACAUUGUCUACUGCCAAAACAAACCCAAAUCAGAACACAUAGUCUCUGAAUAUAUAGACACAUACUUUGAGGACCUAAAGCAACGGCUCGGCCACAGACUCCAGCUUACCGAUCUGCUCAUUAAACCAGUGCAAAGAAUCAUGAAAUAUCAGUUGUUACUAAAGGAUUUCCUCAAGUACUCCAGAAAAGCUGGCCUUGAUACAGUGGAGUUAGAGAAAGCAGUGGAAGUCAUGUGCAUUGUACCAAAACGAUGCAACGACAUGAUGAACGUGGGGCGACUUCAGGGCUUCGAUGGUAAGAUCGUUGCCCAGGGACGGCUUCUGCUGCAAGACACCUUCAUGGUCUCUGACCAGGACGCAGGCAUCCUGGCUCGCAUGAAGGAGAGGCGUGUCUUCCUCUUUGAGCAGAUUGUCAUCUUCAGCGAGCCCCUCGACAAGAAGAAAGGAUACUCCAUACCCGGCUAUCUCUUUAAAAACAGUAUUAAGGUUAGCUGUCUAGGGCUGGAGGACAGCGUAGAUGGCGACCCCUGUAAGUUUGCACUCGCAUCUAGGUCGUCCAACGGGACCGUGGAGCACUACGUCCUGCAUUCAGCCAACCCAGGAGUGCGUCAAGUUUGGGUUCACCAGAUCAACCAGAUCCUGGAAAACCAACGCAACUUCCUUAAUGCCUUGACUUCCCCUAUUGAGUACCAGCGGAACCAUGUGGGGGCAGCGGGCGCCGGUUGCCCUAGUAGCAGUGGGUCAGUGGGGGGCAGCUGCAGUAGCUCAGGUACUGCCCUGGGAGGAAACCCAGCCUCUGGCUCCCGCUCUCGAGCUUCUCGCAUCCCACAACCGUCCCGCAUCCCCCAGCCUGUCCGUCACGUUGCAGAUGGGCCGGACAAAAUGUCAGGUACGUCCCUCAUCCACCAGCGCCUCGCUCCGUUGCCCUCCUCUGGCCAGGGAGGUGUUGAUGUCGAGAGGGAUUCCUCAAAGCAGGCAGGGCAUGGUGUGAAGCGACCCGUUGUGACGGAAGGCACCGCUGGGGGAAGGGGCAAGGAGACACCAGCUGCCAUUCCGAGGGCCACAGUCGCCCCAUUUGCCCUUUCCAAACCCUGUCUAGGAUCAACCGUGCCCCUCGCUCUGCCCCUUUCUCCACCGCUUUCUCCACCCACCUGUGGUGGCAGGGAAGCCCUCACUCCAAGCAGCCCACUCCAGAAGGGUCCUCCGCUGUGGAGCUCUGUCUCGACCUCCCCCACCGAGGCGGACCCCAUGGGGCGCCUGGUCCGCCUUCACUCUGCCCAAACCAAGGAUGCAGACCGCAUGAGCACCUGCUCCUCGACCAGUGAGCAGUCCGUGCAGUCCAGCCACAGCAAUGGGAGUGAAAGUAGCAGCAGCAGCGGUUUGUCCACCAUGCUAGUGACACAGGAUUACUUGGCCGUAAAAGAGGACGAGAUCAGCGUGAACCAGGGCGAAGUCGUCCACAUGCUGGCCAGCAACCAGCAGAACAUGUUUCUGGUGUUCCGCGCCGCCAACGAGCAAAGUCCUGCCGCCGAGGGCUGGAUCCCCGGCUAUGUGCUGGGCCACACCUCCAUGACCAUCCCCGACUUCCCCGAAGGAACCAUUAAAAAAUCAUCAUCCUGGCAUGCUGCACUGCGCAUCCGAAAGAAGCCGGAAAGGCGAGACAAGGAGAGCAAGAAAGACAAGCUAGAAAACAACUUGAGAAAGUCCCGAGACGGUUUAGCAAACAAAGUUUCAGUAAAGCUUCUAAAUCCAAACUUCAUUUAUGAUGUUCCCCCAGAGUUUCUCCUGCCCCUCAGCGACGUGACCUGUGAGAUCCGUGAGAGUGUCACACUCAGGUGUAAGGUCUGUGGUAGACCCAGGGCGACCAUCACUUGGAAAGGCCCUGACCAAAAUACGCUGUGUAACAACGGCCACUUCAGCAUGGUCUACAGUUUUCCCCCAUUUUCCAGUGACAGUGGGGAGGCAACACUUCGAAUCCUUGGGGUAUCCUCAGAGGAUGAUGGAACGUACACCUGUAUCGCAACCAAUGAUAUGGGCACUGCCUCAACCUCAGCCACUCUCAGGGUUUUAGGUACGUCCAACGAUGGUGUUAGGGUCACGUGGAAGGACAACUUUGAGUCUUUCUAUGCUGAAGUCGCAGAAUUGGGAAGAGGCAGGUUCUCAGUGGUGAAGAAGUGUGACCACCAGGGGACCAGGCGAAUGGUAGCUGCAAAGCUGGUGAACAAGAGACUGACAAGACGCGAGCAGGUCACUCGUGAGCUCAGCAUCCACCAGCGUCUGCAGCACCCCCAUCUGCUGAGCCUGCUGGACACCUUUGAGACCUCGAACAACUAUGUGCUGGUCCUGGAGAUGGCUGACCAAGGCCGUCUCCUGGAUUAUAUUGUCAGCUGGGGAAAUCUCACGGAGGAGAAGGUUGUCAUGUAUCUGAAGGGGAUUUUAGAAGCUUUACGAUACCUACAUAACUGCAGAAUAGCUCACUUGGACUUAAAGCCUGAGAAUGUUUUGGUUGGCCAGAUAUCUGGUCAGCCAGUGGUAAAACUAACGGACUUCGGUGACGCAGUGCAGCUGAGCAGCACCCCCUACAUCCACACAUUACUCGGUAGCCCAGAGUUUGCUGCCCCUGAGUUGAUUAUGGGCAAGCCAGCCACCCUGGCCUCAGACAUGUGGAGUCUCGGGGUGCUGACUUACGUCAUCCUGAGUGGGGUGUCCCCGUUCCUGGACGAGAGCCUGGAAGAGACCUGCCUCAACAUCUGCAGGCUGGACUUCAGCUUCCCCGACGACUGCUUCCAGGGCGUAAGCCAGGCCGCCAAGGACUUUACGCGCUGCCUCCUGCAGGACAGCCCUUCUCGGCGGCCACCUGCGGCCACCUGCUUGCAGGAGCCCUGGCUGCAGGCUGGGGGGCGCAAUGGAACGGACUACAUUGACACAUCUCGACUCAUUUCCUUCAUCGAGCGGCGCAAACACCAGAACGAUGUUCGCCCCAUUGGUGGCAUCAAGACCUUCCUACACAACCGACUUCCCCCACAGAGUUAGUGUGAGGGCCCAAAAUUUAAGUCAUUUAGUUUUCUCUGUUCAAGGGGCCCAUUGAUUCUGGAAGAACCCCUGUCUACAGACUGGAUUCCAGUUUGGUUUCGUUUUGAUAAAAAUCCCAAUAAAUUAACAAAAUACAUACACAUCUUAAUUCAGUUGUUUACACAGUUUGGUCAGCAUGGCUAUGCCGAAAGAGGAAAAAAGCUUUGAAGUGCAAUCAAAACUAGCAUGGUGGACAAUUCACACACCCCCCC